AUGCAGGACGAUGCCAAAACAGAUCAAAUAGCUGAAAAGUCAGCGCCGGCGUCGCUGGAGAAGGUGGAGUUGGAGAUCAAAGGCAUGACGUGUGGCGCGUGCGUAGCGAGCAUUGAGACGAUGCUUGGACAGCAAGAAGGUAUCAAGUCAGUCUCGGUAGCGCUUUUGGCCGAGCGCGCUGUCGUGCAAUACGACGCAGCGCAAGGCUGGACGCCCGAAAAAGUCGCCGAAGAAGUGGAUGACAUUGGCUUUGAGGCACGCGUCAUUGAGGCGCCACGUGAAGAUGAGGCGAUUCUUUCCGUGUUUGGCAUGACAUGCUCCUCCUGUACCUCGUCGGUGGAGCAUGCGUUGCUUUCUGUGGCCGGUGUAGAGUCGUGCGGUGUGUCGCUUACGACACAGCAGGCCCGAAUUCGAUUCGAUCCUCAGAAAGUGCACGUACGUGAUCUUGUGCAAGCUGUGGAGGAUGCAGGGUUUGACGCGAUUUUGUUUGACGAUCGAGAUGAGUCGCAACUUGAGAGCUUGACGCGUGUACGUGAAGUGCAAGACUGGUGGCGCACGUUCCUUUUCUCCCUAUCGUUUGCCGUGCCCGAGUUUAUGGUGAAUAUGGUCCUGGGCAAAGCGCCGGUAGUGGGUGAUAUUCUUCAUGCGCAGCUGGUACGUGGACUCUAUAUACAAGAUGUGCUGGCACUGUUGAUCACGCUCCCAGUCCAAUUCGGCGUAGGUCGACGGUUCUUUGUGUCUGCGUACAAGUCGUGGCAGCAUGGCUCGGCUACGAUGGAUACGUUGGUGAUUCUAGGGACCACAGCCUCGUGGGUGUUUAGUCUUUUCGCCAUGCUCUUUAUGAUGGGAUGCCGUGAUCACUGCUACAAGCCCAAGACGUUUUUUGAUACCUCGACGAUGCUCAUCACGUUUGUUUCGCUGGGUCGGUACUUGGAAAAUGCAGCGAAAGGACGAACAAGCGAAGCGCUGACACGAUUGAUUCGCCUCACGCCGCAAAAGGCGACCAUAUAUAUGGACAGCCAAUGCGAGCAAGAACGGGUGGUCCCUGUCGAACUGCUGCAGGUAGGCGACAUUGUGAAGUUGGUACCUGGCGAAAAGAUUGCGGCGGAUGGGAUUGUCAAGCAAGGGCACAGCUUGGUCGAUGAAAGUAUGAUUACGGGCGAGCAUAUUCCUGUUUCCAAGACGCCAGGCAGCCAAGUGAUUGGUGGUACGGUCAAUGGAAGUGGGACUUUGGACUUUGUGGUGACACGCGCUGGCAAGGAUACGAAUCUGCAUCGUAUCGUCAAGUUGGUCCAGGAUGCACAAACGACCAAGGCUCCGAUCCAGGACUAUGCUGACCGUGUCGCAGGGGUCUUUGUGCCUUGCAUUUUGGUCCUAAGUGCGCUCACGCUGUUCCUAUGGCUCAGUGUGGCAUACUUGGUCGAUCCAUCGUACCAGCCUCACCUCUUCCGCAUGGCAGGCGAUCAUAAGUUGAUGGAAUGUUUCAAGUUGUGCAUUAGCGUCAUCGUCGUGGCUUGCCCGUGUGCACUGGGCCUGAGCACGCCGACGGCCGUCAUGGUCGGCACAGGAGUCGGCGCUGCGAAUGGCAUCCUUGUGAAGAGCGGAGGGGCCUUGGAAGCGGCGUGCACGGUGAGCCACAUUGUGUUUGACAAGACGGGUACAUUGACACGGGGGCGUGUGCGUGUUCUAUCCCAAUGGCAUGCGCCUGAGGCGGCAACGGAGCAGACUGCGGCCUUGGUGCAUGCCAUCGAGAGCAAGAGUGAGCAUGUGCUCGCGCAGGCGUUGGUGCACUACUACGAAGACCAAGUCGAAGCCCAGCCGGCGCAGGUUGAACACUUUGACUCGAUCCAAGGCGCUGGCGUACGUGGCCAGGUGACUUGGGAAGCGCAGACGCAUACUAUCGUGGUGGGCCAUGCGGCCUUGCACACUGCCUCAACAUGGCCGACCGCCUUGACGUCGUUUGCGGCACAGCACGAGGCGGAAGGGUGCACGCUCGUGUAUGUGGCUGUGGAUGAGACUUUGACAGCUGCCUAUGCGCUCGCUGACGAGGUCAAAUCAGAAGCGCGCUGGGCCGUGGAGUGCCUGCAGGACAUGGGUAUCCGCUGCAGUAUGAUGACAGGCGAUACGCGUGGCGCCGCCCUGGCAGUGGCACGCGAAGUGGGCAUUGCCGCUGACGAUGUGCAUGCAGGUCUGAGCCCCAAUGGCAAGAUGACACUCCUGCAGAAGCAGCGUGUCCGUACCGAAGUCCCUGCGACGCGAUGGGCCCGUAUGCAGCUGGCCCUCUUCCCCACCGAGCGCCAUGGCCUGGCCAUGGUCGGCGAUGGUAUCAACGAUUCGCCUGCGCUGGCGUCGGCGGAUGUAGGUAUUGCGCUGUGCUCUGGCUCCGAUAUUGCGAUGGGCGCUGCAUCGAUUGUGCUGAUGCGCAACGAUCUCACCGAUGUGCCUAUUGCGCUUCUUCUCUGCCGCCGCAUUUUUAUGCAAAUUCGUCUCAACUUUUUGUGGGCAACUAUGUACAACAUUGUGAUGAUUCCUAUUGCCAUGGGCCUCUUUUUGCCUUGGGGGGUCCAUAUGCAUCCUAUGAUGGCCGGGCUGGCCAUGACAUGCAGUAGCGUGAGCGUCGUGUUGAGCUCCCUCUCACUCAAACGAUGGCAACGACCUGAUCCCACAGAAGCCGCUGCUACGGUCGCUGUAACGUCGCGUACGUCGACGGUAGCUUCGAUAUGGCACCGCCUUCUUGACGUUAAAUGA